CGCCGCCGCCGCCGCCGCUGCCGGUUACGCCAGCCCCGCCGCCGCCCGCUCUGAUUCUGCGCAUAGGCAGCCCCCAAGCCUGUCAUUCUGCAAAAACACAGUUUACUCAACACACCACACACACACACACUCACACACACACGCGCGCACACACACGCGCACACUGGCCCCCUCGCGCACACGCACGGAGGGCGCGAGCGAGCAGACGCGCACACCCGGCGAGCCAAGUUCCGCAGCCUGGCAUGGCUUCUGGGGACCUUUACGAGGUUGAAAGGAUUGUAGACAAGCGGAGGAACAAGAAGGGGAAAUGGGAGUACCUCAUCCGGUGGAAAGGCUACGGGAGCACGGAGGACACGUGGGAGCCCGAGCACCACCUGCUGCACUGUGAGGAGUUCAUCGACGAGUUCAACGGGCUGCACCUGGCCAAGGACAAGCGGCUCAAGUCGGGGAAGCAGGCCAGCACCUCCAAGGUGCUGCGUGACAGCCGAGGCCCCUCGGUGGAGAAACUCUCGCACAGACCCUCAGAGUCCAGCAAGAGCAAAGGGACUUCCCAUAAGCGGAAGCGGAUCACCCCUUCCCUGACGAAGCCCAAAAAGGGGUACUCGGCGAAGCCCCCCGCGGGAGGCGACCGGGCCGCCAAGACGGUGUCCUACAGGACUACGCCCAGUGGUUUGCAAAUCAUGCCGCUGAAAAAGGCGCAGAAUGGGAUGGAAAACGGGGACGCCGGCUCCGAGAAGGACGAGCGGCACUUGGGAAACGGGUCCCACCAGCCUGGCCUGGAUGUGAACGACGCCGGCGAGCAGGACCUGGGCGACUGCGACGUUAGCCCCGCGGCGCUGGCGGAGAACGGGCUCGGCUCUGCUCUGACCAACGGGGGAUUAAACCUGCACAGCCCAGUGAAGAGGAAGCUGGAAACGGAGAAGGACUACGUCUUUGACAAGAGGCUCAGGUACAGCGUCCGCCAGAACGAAAGCAACUGUCGGUUUCGGGACAUAGUCGUGCGGAAGGAAGAGGGGUUCACGCACAUCCUGCUGUCCAGCCAGACCUCGGACAACAACGCACUGACCCCCGAGGGACUUCGUGAAGGCCUUUAUCCAGUUCAAGAAGCCCAUCGUGGUGGCGAUCAAUGGGCCGGCGCUGGGCCUGGGCGCCUCCAUCCUGCCCCUGUGCGACAUUGUGUGGGCCAGCGAGAAGGCCUGGUUCCAGACCCCCUACGCCACCAUCCGCCUGACGCCCGCCGGCUGCUCCUCCUACACCUUCCCCCAGAUCCUGGGCGUGGCGCUGGCCAACGAGAUGCUCUUCUGCGGGCGGAAGCUCACCGCCCAGGAGGCGUGCAGCAGAGGACUGGUGUCGCAGGUCUUCUGGCCGACCACGUUCAGCCAGGAGGUCAUGCUGCGGGUGAAGGAGAUGGCCUCGUGCAGCGCGGUGGUGCUGGAGGAGUCGAAAUGCCUGGUCCGGAGCUUCCUGAAGUCAGUGCUGGAAGAUGUGAACGAGAAAGAAUGCCUCAUGCUCAAGCAGCUCUGGAGCUCCUCCAAAGGCCUGGAUUCCCUGUUCAGCUACCUGCAGGACAAAAUCUACCAAGUCUGAGGGCCUCGGCUCACCUGCCCCAGUGCUCCGGGGCACCCACUUCCAGCUCUGCCCUGUGCUUCAGAAAUCAGAGCACAGCGUAUGCCUGGCCAAGGAGUCUGUCAAGAUACUCUUUUCAUACUGCCCUGGACCAAAUCCCGUGCAAGGUUCAUGCCGUUUGGUGCAUUCUAGCAAUGAGCCACGUAGGAGUCAGACUCAGAGAGAGAUGGAAGUGGAAGGGCGGAUACAGCUGAAAGGAGCAGCUCGGAGCCAGGUUCUCUACACGGACAAUGGCUCUGGGACUGCUGAAUGCUUGUUCUUAGGAGAAAUCGUGGAAGGGGUUUCUCUUCGCGCUGCUGCUUUAAGGAGACAAAGGGGCCUCCAGCCUGAGUGGUACUGAGACACACCCCGGCCCUAACUGUGUGAAAAGGUGGGGACCGGGCCCCCCUGGGGAUCGCAUUUGUGGAAGAAGGCUUUUUCCUUCGGGCAGAUGGCUGUGCUUGGGUUUCAGAGCCCCCUUCUUCCGUGGGGGCGGGUGGGGAUGUCGGGGCCUCCCAGGGAGACGGGGAGGUGACCCCCCUCUGCUGAGCUGUCCGCAGAAGGUCCGAAUCUGUGUUCCUCCAGAGGCCCACAUACUCCAUCUGUUUCUCAGGUUGUUUACUCCCAUCCAGGAGCAGUACCUGGGGGUGAGGUCUCCAUGGGCCACCUGGGGACCCCAGCAUCUCUAUUCAGACCAGCGGCCCAACAUCCCUGGAUGGGCUGCGGGGAAGGAGGGCCUUGGGUCUGGGUUCGGGGUUUUGGUUUUGGUUGGCGAGAAGGUAAACAUCACGGUCAGAGCAGAGAGGCGACAGGACCACGUUCCUCUGUCUGAGGCUUGACCCUGUUAAGGGUCAAGCACCAGAGAAAGUUCGAGUCUCAGAGGGCGGGAUGUUCCCACCACAGCCCUCGAGUGGCGUCCGAGUGCUCGCCCGUCUCCCCUUCCCUCUGUUGGUCGCCAGCCCCUCUGGACCUUUCUUUGGAGAAACGUGAGUGGAGCAGUGAGAGUCCGGCCCGGCUGGGGGGCUGGGCAAAGGGAGGUCGUUGCUGCCAUUCUCCCCUCUCUGGUCCUUUUCCUGCUGUUCAGGGCACCGGGCCAGGCUUCAUGGCGCUGAGCUUUGUGUUGACCUUAGAGCCGGAGACACGGGCCUUUGCACAGGGCACCUGACCUUCCCCGGGACUCUGCCUCCUCCACACAGCCUCGGUUCCCUCUGUAGAGACAGCAGCCUCCCCCCAGCUGAGUCUGCCCGUGACCUCACGAGGCUCGGGGGAGAGGACGUGCCUCGCUUUCUUCUCCCAGGCUGGGUGUCCUCCCUUUGGUCCCUCUGGGGUCCCAUGGGAACCACAGGCCUAGACCAUAGGGAGUCCCUCUAGGGGAAUGCCAGCUUUUGCCCAGAUGCCUCUUGUCACAUCUCACCUUGAGUUUGUCUCUUCCUUCAAGAAAGCCAGUGUGUGUUCUGCCAACCCUGGACAACCUCAGUCUUGGCAGGUCGUUGCUCAGCCAUCACCAGGCCCCCUAAAGAAAGAGCACCCCCUUUCUGUUUACCUUUCAGGGGCAGCCACGCUCCGCAUUAGGAUUCUCCUUGGCGAUGGAAGAGGAUGUUUGGACAUUGCUUUCGCUCAGGGCCCGUCUUUGUUCCCUGCUGAAAACAAAAAGCAGAAGUGCUUUAGCUUUGGACUAAAGCCUAGCUCUGGAUCAUCCCGUCCAAACUUCUAAACACCUCAAGGAUCUCUGAUGAGAAGGUAGGACUGUGACACCCUCCCUGAGGCCGCAUACCCGUUGUUAAUGUGCGGGUUUCUCGUGUACCGGGAGGUGUUGUGCAAGACAGUCUGUGCUUCGGUUCUUUGCCUUCAGUCCAUUUAAGACGGGUGUUCCAGUCCUUUGGGCAAAAGCCGCUGGCCUCUGUUGGCUACAGGGUAGGCGAAACCACUGGGUUUCCACUUUCCGGAUAGUUGCUUUGAUAACGUGCAGGUGAGAUCCAGGUGACUCGUAGCCCGUCGACCUGGGUUGGAAUUGGCCAGACCUGUGGCUGUGUCAGGGUUUAUCCUCAAAGCUUCCUCGAGGCAGCGCCCAGGCGUUCAGUUGUCUUCUACCCCAGCACCCUCUCUCCCCACCUGGCAUCCUUCCCCCCUCUCUCUGUUGUGCUCUGCCCGCUCCCCAUCCCAUCUGUCUCAUCCUGGGGCCCGGGAGGUCUCCGAGCAGUGGUACUUGGUCUCGCCGACCCUGUCCCGGAACUGCCUUUGGGGAUGGAAGCACAGCUCUGGUGGGAAGUUGAGGGUUCUUCUUUGGUCAGGGAGCCUUCUGGGCAUUCCACUCCUUGCCGUCCUGUUAGCCACACGUCAGGACUCUUGCAUCCUUUCUGCUCCACAUGCUGGUGGUUAGCGUGGUGGUCUUGCAGGAGAACCAUUUGCGUUAGCAGCCCCGUUCCACGGGGGCUUGUUGGAGAACUUUCUAAGGUGGUCAGAGCUCCUCGCCAUUGGGAAGCCUCAGCCUGGCGCCGACGUUACCCCCAUGUCCCUUCCUGCUUUGAAAUGAUGCCUGUGGGUGAAAACCAUCCCCAGCCACCCUCUAGGAAUGAAAUUGGAUACCUCUGAGAAGGUCGCAGAGAAUUGAUUUGAACUGUUCUUCCUCUUUGCUCCAAGUUAACCUAGGAAAGGGUCUCUCUGAAGUGUGAUAAUACGUUUUUCCCACGUGACGUUUAGUCUGAAGAUGGAGAAGUAUCAUCACAGUAGACUCUGACCAAUGCAACUGUUAUCUCCAGAUAAUCCACAUUUUAAAAUAGCCUUGACUAGAUGCUGAAUUGUAUUUCCCAUUAUUAAUUGUCGGCUUAAAAACUUUUGUAAACUUUUCUUAAUUUGACGUUCAGUCAUACCCAUGUAAUUUUCCACUUCGAUUUCUGUGGACAUAUUUUUCUUUUCACCAAGAGAAACAAAGAGAUGCAUCUUCACAUCUUCCUCCGUGAAUAUUCAAAAGGCGGAAUUGCUUCUCUUUCGUGUCUCUGUGUUCAGAUACGUAGCUCUGUUGUAUAUAUUAGUUUAGACAUUCUCACUAAUCUACACAGUAUUUAAGACUCUAAAUGAGAUUUCUUAAGUAUUUUAUUUUAUUCUCUAUAAAUGGUUUUGUAUAAUCUUGAAAAAUCUACACUUUGCCUUUGUAGAUAUUUAAGGGAAACCAUUUGGGGGUUGUCUUGCAUGUAUAUUUUUGUUGUAGAGAAGUGUUGCUUAGUUAUUUCUGCAAAUUUUGGUUGAAAUGCUUACCGACUUUAAUACAGUAUAUAUUUUCAGAAUAUAAACUUUUAUAUUUCUGUGGUAAGUUAGGAUAUGCGUUUUAGGCAAUCUUUUCCAUGAAGAUCAUGUGUUCUUUCAAAAAAAAAAAAAUAGCAUUCUGGUUUGGUGCCAAUGGUUUUUUGUUUUUUGUUUUCCAUGAGAAUCUAGUGCUCUUAUACUGUUAGAGAGCCGGUUAAUUUCCUUUUUCUCAAAGUAAUUGAGUUCAAAGAAUAAUUUUACAAUGUAUUGAAUUUGUGAAUAAGCCUUACCAUUAGGAUCGGUAACGUUUCCAACCUUUGCAACUCCUUACGUAGUUUAAGAUCUCCCCAUAUCUCACUGUGCGGCAGUUGAUGGAGUUUGUGAACAGAGCCUUAAGCUUGUUGCAAAAAAAAAAAACAAAAAAAACAAAAAAAACAAAAAAAACAAAGGGGUAAUACGGGUUGUUUCUUCCAAGCAACGAAUAAGCCAUGGGGAUGGACUCUGUGCAGUCCGUACACCAUGACUCAUCUGGAGAGUUUGGUUGAGUUAAUGGUGGCAGGGGCCAGAUAGACACCUUGGUGAUUGUCUUUGGCCAUAUGAAGGGACCAUGAACAGGUUUUUCUGGAGCCACCUUCGUCCUGUUCACAUGGUUUAGAUAUGGUCACAGGGAGGGCUGCUGGUCCAUCAUUUGUUUUGAACAAAUGGCAUUUCCUGCUCCUGACCUUGGCGGUUGGCCCCAGGUUCCCUGCGGGUGACCUGGGGACACCCAGUCUGGCUGAGGUCCACAUUCCUUGAGAGAUGUUACAAAGUUUACAUGUGCGUCUUACUGUAUAGACAAUCCGAAGUCGAUUUCAGUUACAUAAUCAGCAUUCCCACCCGUCCCUAGUGUCUUAUCCAUGAACGAGGUACGUGAAGCCAUACUCAACCCGAGUUUAGCAGGGCACAGGCACACUAGAUGCAGCACAUGCUCAUCCGCCGAGCCAGUCCACCUGGGGCGGUCCGAAUGGAGCCUACGUCGCAAAGCUCAUUGGCAGUGCGUCCACUCAUGUCUGGGAGCUGAUAAAACCACCUACAAUUUGGGACUGAGCGUUUUUAAAAAGGAUGAUUCUUUCCAGUUGGCCGUGCUUCCGUAACGGCCUACUGUGUCUCCUUACCAAGACGUUGCUGUUGACCUUGGGACCAGGGCUCUGGAAUGGCUAAGUCAGGUUAUUCACCUCCAGUAAGUGAGGAUCACAUCACUGUGUCUCCCACCGGGAUGACGUUUGCUGCAGAUAUUUGCAGUAUGUGUGUGUGUAUCAGUCAGAAACACCGGCGUCGAGUUUCCAGCCUCAGCUCUGGCCUGUCUGUGGGUUGACCAUGCUGCCUUGGCCCAACACCUGGCCUCCUGCUGGAGCUCCUUAGGGUGACUUUGGGAAGUCUGAAGGGUGUGGAGUUGUCCCUCUAGUAUUUACUUUGUCCCUGUGCCAUUAGUCCCAGCUUGAAGUCAUUUGCUGACGUCCAUGUUUGACAGGAUUGUGAAAAUAUUGCCUUUCAUAAAACCAAGGACCAAAGAAUUCCAUUAUGCCAACAAAGCACGAGUUUUGUAGAUUGUGGGCCCUGCUAGGCAGAGCUGUGCAUGCUUGACGGCCCAGAGAAGCUGCUCGCUUCCACCGACGUUACGCUCCCCCUGGGUGGCCGUGCACAUGAAUCUGUUGUCACCUCGAGAAGGCUCUGAAAGGUGAGCUUCUGAGAUGGAAGCUCACUGUCCCAGGUGGGUGCUUCUGCCGUGGAGUCCCAGCCUUUAUCCGGACCAUGAAGCGUGGAGGGCUGGCGUUUGUCCAGUUUGUCCAGUUUGACCAGUGUGGACUGCUCCAUCCGAACAGGAACCUCCCGCAGGAGUUUUUCAUGUGUGUCUACACUGAGCAGCGAGAUCCUGCAGUUGCUCACUUUCCACCUCUCUCUUUUUUUUUUUUUUUUGGCCUCCAUCCACCCAUUCCACUUCCGGUUGAGCCUGAGAAGACUGUUCUCCACUCCUCACACUAGGCAAUGAUGCUCCCUUCUCACUCAUGAUGAAACCAUUGACCCAUUAACCGGUGUAGCAAUGAUUGAUCCUGAAGACGUGGUAUCCUAGUGGUAAGGCUUAUUACCAAACUUCUGCUAAGGAAGCAGGCUACCAAAAAUGUCCCCCCAUCCCCCCGGGGAGCGUUUGGAUUUGGUCUCAGAGCUCGCACACACACCAAAAUCCAAGGAGACCUUUGCAGUCUAGGCUACUCGUUUUUGUUUUGCCAGGUGAUCAUGGGAGAGUCUUUAACUAGUUCUGAAUAUUUGUAAGUAUGAGUCCCUUCAUAGACUUUAACGCAGGUAGAGGUGACCCUUUCUCACCACGUUGUAAAUAUUGCCCGAGACUGGGUGCAGUACCGAGGGGUGAUAACCUUUCCGACUUAUCAAACGCUGACUGUCUAGAGCAAAUUGUACACUCUCUUUGUGAAUGGUCCUGUAACGUGUAUGAACACAUUUCUGGGUGCCUUAGAAGUUGUAUUUUUCAUGUGUGCUAAUAUGCAGUAUUUAUACAUUGUGAGAAGCUGCUUUGAAUAAAAAGGUUGAAACUUC